AUGCCACAGCCAUAUUCCAAACGCACUGUUGAGGUGGGUGAUGUUGGAUAUCUAAACGACAGCGGCAACUUUGUAUUUUCAUUUAAUCUUUUUCUUCCGGGUAACGAUCCCUUGAACCAAUUAUUCCGAAAGGGGCUUCCUGAGGGCUACAUCCCACUGGAUCCUCCCACCAACAACGAGAUUCUGAAAAUAUCUGAUUAUUUUGCGCCUGGAUCUGUUAUUGCAAGCAAUGGUGUCGAUGUCACUCGGGUUUCUGAGUCUCCCCUUCACCUCAAGUUCAGGUCUUCAGAGCCAGAAGCGGUCGCUCUUGUUCUGCCGGAUGGUGCCAGCAGAGAAGACUUCAAAGGACUAUCUCGCUUACAGGAAUACCUAAAGACGCACGCUGAAAGUUGGAUACAAUAUUUGAGCAAUGGAACGUUAUAUUCUGUUCCCAAUGGUGGUCUCUAUGUUAUCACAGGAUGUGACAAGGCGCCAACUUGCUCAACGGCUGUAUUCCCCUACAAACACUUCUUGGGGAGCAGGCAUACGUCUUUUGAAUUCGCAAAAGGUUACAUGCAACCUGCCAGUAGGCUCGGUAUUGACUCUUAUGAAGGGAGAGACCACGGGCGUGAUGUUCAAGAGCAUUGUUUAUUCGUUCGCGGGAUACGGAUAGCACUUUCUGACCCCGAAUGGAAUAUACAAAUUGACGAAGGACUCUCCGAGGACACCCCCAUUUCGCCAUUACCAUUGACUCCCCCUAUCUCAGACCAGGUACUCCCCGCAAAAAUAGAUGUCGAAGAGCCCCUCCAGCUUGAGACCCGCAUCAAUAAUACCUGCAGCACGGACACUAUUGAUAGCGACAUUUCUCAAGAAAAUGAAGUUCAAGUCUGUAAACAUCCAGAUACCAAGCUAGCUCUCGUUGACGAUUACACAUGGUCGCAGUUUGCAAAGAUUUCUCAGAAGGUUGGACUUCAUGAACCCGCCAGGGCUCCAUUGAUUUCUAGAUGCAAGCAAAAUAGCUUUAUCUCUGAUUGGGGCAUCUUGUUGGAUGCCAUAUUUAAAUCGCAUGUCGUUGUCGAGACUGACGGGAUUUUGAAUCUUAUCCCAAAGCAAAGCAAAAACUUUAGCAUGACAAUCUGGUUUGACAGUCUGCGAAAGCAACUUCGGUCACGUCAGUCAUCACCAGAACCGGUUUGGGCUACGGCCCUCGUCGUAGACCUGGUUCGCCAAGGUGAAAGCAUAAGAGGCCCGGGACAGAAAUUUGUGAUCAAUUAG